GACACUUUUUCGUGCGUGCAGCCGGCGUUCAUCGAUUUAUUAGACGUCACGUCAAAAAAAGAGAGAGAAAUGUAUACCAAAUAAAGAUUAGAUUUCAAGAGUUUCUCCCUGCUUAAAAUAUAAAAUUUCAAGUUUGAAAAUAGCAAUAUUGAAGCUUAUGAAGAAAAAUCAGUCUUUUGUUAUAUGAAAGGUGAUGAAGCAGCACUGCACGUGGUUAUUUCUCCUCGUGCCCGACUUCCUAGAACUGUGGAAACAAAUCUAUUCAUAAACCACUCACGGAAAUGAUAAAUACGGUAUUUGUGGAAUGUUGAAACCAUGCGAUAUGUCACUCAUGCGUGGAUGAUUCUUGUGGCACUGAUGGAAGAUGCUAGAUGUUUACAAGUAGGGUGGCGCAAGUGUUUCUUCUGAGAAACAUUCAUGGCAAGUAAACAGUCGUGUGCUGUUUUCGAGGAUGUGCUAUCUUCAUUUGCUACCAGUGUUUGUAGACCACAAGUUGUUUGCGGCCGUAAUCUCGGAGCAGUAAAUCUGUCCGAACAAGGGGUUUAUAGCGGCUCGCACGCCAGCGGCCAGACAGAGAGAGAUGACUGCGACACGGGGCCUGGUGCUGUGUGGACUCGUCCUGCUGGGACUCGCGGCGGUGCACGGGGCUCUGCCGUACUACUACCCCUUCCUGACGCACGCGAGCAACCACAGCGUAGCGCAGGGCUGGCGCCAGUUCGGGGACCGCAUCCUGCACCGCGAGCUGGUGCGUCGCUCGGCCAGCUUCCUGCGGGUGGUGACCCAGGAGUGGCGCUGGCCGCCCAAGGGCCUGGCCAACGCCACCAUCACCUACGUGUCGGCCGCGGACCUGCUCCAGGACGGGACCGGGGGCUACGUCAACGUCACCUUUGGGGGUGUGGGACUGCGAGAGGUGGGGCUGCGGUUCAAGUCCCAGCGCGGCAGCGGCUUCAGCUUCCUCGUCGAGGUGUACGGCAGGUAGAGCCGGCCGCGAGUCCGGUGCUGCCAAACUCUCCGACGUGUAUCCAUGAAAUGUAUUCAACAAACUCAUAUUCAUAAACAGCAGGUUCAAUAAUA